AUGGAUAUGGAAAAGCCUGUAAUCAUGAGCAAAAAGAGGCAAGAAUAUAAUGAGUUUAUUGCCAACGACACUAGCUGGAGUGAGCAAAGAACAUCGCUGAUAGAAUUAUACGACACAUACAGGAUGUAUCGGGAUGCUGAUGCGGCUGGAGAUACAAUGCCUGAUAUCUCGAUAAAAGCCUCUUCCAAGAUAUCAAGAGGAAUGAGCACAGCCAGAUACAAACUACAUCUUGUCAAAUUAGCUCUCACCGAUGGACGCCCAUUUAAAUUCAACUUCGAGGCCAGAAGACACUGCUUUAACCAAGCAAACAUUGUGUUUCUACUUGCAAUGGUUAAAAACAAUCCCGAACUUGUUUACUCGAUGCUCAGCAAGGGCUUUCCCUGCAAUAUCAACGCUCCAAUAUUUGGGAGCCAAAUGUUUCCAACCUACUUUCAUCUUGCGUGCGCAAUGCAUCGCGACAUACUAUCCGUUUUCCUACGAUUUUCACCAAACUACUCGCUAUGCUGGAACGGACUUACUCCACAGAUGAUUGCAUCGUUCAAUGGAAGAUCUCUGGAGGCCAAGCAGCCCUUUAACUUUGUCUCAAUGAAGCAAUACAGGCUGUUAAACUUAUUCAGGGGAUUCAAUUUGGCUGAAGCAGACGAAAAACCUAUUUUCUUGAUAGAUUUUUUAUGCAUGGAAAAUGACAUGGAAAGCGCUAGAAGAGUGCUUAAUAGAAACCCAGAGCUAUCCAGAGUAAGCAAGCUUUGCUAUUUAGUUCAGGACGAUAUAGAAUGGAUUAUGUUUUUCAGUAGAUAUCAAACAUCUGUACAUCAAGAGUUCAAUGGGAUUUCUCCUCUACACAUAAGCGCUAUCAGUGACAAUUUUGAGACAUUGGUUGCAUUCAUAGCACUAGGAGGUCAUAUAAACUCUAGAGACAAGCUAGGGAACACACCAAUGCACUACUGUGCAAUGCUAAAGCAUUUCAGGUGCUUAGAAUUACUCAUUAGGCUUGGAGGAAACAUGACAAUGGUAAAUAGAAAUGGUGUUAGUACUGAAGACAUCUUACUUGGUCAGGACAAGGUUUUUGAUAUCAAAGAAGUUGAUGUCGGCCUUUCCGAAGCACUCUUUCAGAUUUUGGGAAAUUCUGUCGAGUUCAAGCAUUAUCUAUCAAUUGUCGAUAGAAUCAAAUACAACUGUAACCAUGUAAUCAUCAAAAAGAAUAGAUUCACGAUAACAUCUCUAUUGAACUUGCCGCACAAAAUUGAUUACACGGAAGACCUUAUCUACAAAAUUAGCAUAAUUAGGGAUACAAAAAAAAACAAACAUCCUCCACGCAGGACACUCCAGAUGUUUCUAGAGCACAUCCAAUAA